UCCACAGCAGGUUAUAAUGGGAGCGAAGGAGACAGCAGUGCAGCGCUCCCUAGCCCUGCUUCUGUGGGCGGCGGCUGCUCGCCAUGCCCCCGGCCUCACGAUGGGCAACACCAUCCGGGCCCUCAUCGCCUUGGUCCCCACCAGCGGCUGCCAGAACUACCUGCUCGGAGAGCUCCAGGAGAUGCCCUUGGACAAGAUGGUGGACCUGAGCAGCAGCCAGCUGCGCCGGUUCCCCUUACGCGUGUGCUCUUUCCGGGAGCUGGUCAAGCUCUACCUGAGCGACAACAACCUGAGCAGCCUGCCCCCGGAGCUGGAGCAGCUGCAGAACCUGCAGAUCCUGGCCCUGGACUUCAACAACUUCAAGGCUCUGCCCCGCGUCGUGUGCACCCUGAGGCAGCUCUGCAUCCUCUACCUGGGCAACAACAAGCUGCGCGACCUGCCCCCCGAGCUCAGCUGGCUGCAGAACCUCCGCACCCUGUGGCUGGAGAACAACUCUCUCACCCAGCUGCCCGACGUGGUCUGCGAGCUGAGCCUCCUCAAGACCCUGCACGCGGGCUCCAACGCCCUCCGCCUCCUCCCCAGGCAGCUGAGCCGCUUGCAGGAGCUUAGGACCAUCUGGCUGUCGGGCAACCUGCUGAGCGAUUUCCCGGCCGUGCUCCUCCACAUGCCCUUUCUCGAGGUGAUCGACGUGGAUCGCAACAACAUCUCCCACUUCCCCAGCCUGCUCCACCUGGCAGGCCUCAAGCUGGUCAUCUACGACCACAACCCCUGCAGGAAUGCCCCCAAGGUGGCCAAGGGGGUGCGGCGCGUGGGCCGCUGGGCUGAGGAAACGCCCGAGCCAGACCCCAGGAAAGCCAGGCGGCUCCGGAUGGCCAAGGAGGAGGAGGCUGAGGAGGCGCAGGCAGCCGCUCCCCCUGCCCCUCCUCCUCUACCUCCGCCCGCCGGAGAGGACCCUUGAGCAGCAGCUCCCCUUCUCUCUGGCCCGCUUGUACGCGGCGGAUUGCAGGUCGGUUCCUUCAGGAGACUAGGGGCAGAGGCUGGCUUUUGUCCUGCCAGCCUCAGCCCUUAACACGGUGCCUGAAUGGACUAAGCGUCAAGCGCUAAUAAACGCCUAGUGACUGGCUUCACGUCGGACCAACUCCGGUCCACUCUCGAUUCGAACUUGUCCGAAUUCCUUCUGCAUAAAGAAACCCCUGGGAAACGAGGGCUCUUCUUACUCCCAAGAAAACGCAAUGUCCCACAGGGAGCCUUCCUCCUGGUGGGCGGGACCGCUCUCUACCCCAGCUCACCGGAAAAGGGCCUGAACCUCGCUGGGCAUCACUCCUCCUCCCCUUGGGAUGCUGCACUCUCUGAGCCCAGAAUCUGGAAAUGUGUUCGGAGAGAGAGCCCCGUCGGGGUGCAUUUAUUUAGCCCAGCCCAGUCCCGCUAGCCGGGCGAACAAUGCCUGGAAUCUACCGGGCGGGGGCUUGGUAAGUCCUCAGGACAGCUCAACUGGAUUCUCCCUAGAGAUGCUUUUGUUGGAAUAAAUCAAGCCCUCACUUCUCAGCUUGCCAGCCUGGGGCUUGCUUCAGUGAAACUAAGCUAUUAAAUGCUGGAGAUGGGAAGAAAUUCGGGGAGAUAUGUGAAGAGAUGAAAAGAGAAACUCCCCACUAUGCUUACAUUUUAAAAGCCAGAGCCACGCAAUCAAGAGAAAACAAGCAUGCACGUGAAACAAACCCGAGGGGAACUCCCGGGCAGAGGAGCUUUGAGUUAGCACGCACACAUCAUUGCAUCUUUUAUGCAUGCUUAGCUCCAUGGUUCUUGGUGGUAGAGGUGGUUACUAAGCAUAUAAUUUUUAAAAUAUGCUGUUAAAAAAAGAAACGAAGGUAUUGUCAGAGUUUCCAUUCAUCCCUCCCAAGCAGAUGACAAUUUAUCUGCCUUCUCCUUCUCCGUGUUCUUUGUCCUUCCAAUCAACAGUCCAUGGAGGAUCUGGUUCAGGUUCUGGAGCGGCACAGUACAAAGAGUCCUGGAUUUGAACUCUGGUCCUGCUGCUUGUUGUGCGCAAGGCUCCUCCAUCUGAUUUUUAGAUUGAGCUAUAAAAUGAAUCAAGUGCUCUCACUGGUUUCUAAGGGUUCUUCCCAUUCCAGAUUCUACAAACUGAACAAGGUCACGCCGACUCUGGGGAGGUUUAGCCUCUUCUCGAAGCCUGACCAGCCAUGCCGCUCAGGUUAGUGGGUAUUAAGGAGCUACCCCCAAAGGCACUAUUCUCACUAGCCCAGGGAUGUGUGUGUGUGUGUGACAGGCUAAUGUGUUCCUUCCUUCGUUGGGCUGAAAUGAAUCCUGCCGGACGCACUUGGACACUUAAAGUGGUGCUCCCAGCAUGGUCUUCCGCCGCGGCCGACUCAGUCACGGAAAAAUCUUUCUCCUGACGAAGCCGGUACUAUGAGCCGUUUUUUCACGGUAGCGCAAAGCCCCCGCUACUGCCCCCACAGAGCUGCCACGCCCCAACGGACACUAAUGAACCGGAAAAGGGGUUCGGCCGAGUUAGCUCACUCCCCAGCAGACUCCAUUCAGUGGCUGUGCCCAGCUCUUUAAUGUCUUUCACGGUCUUAGAGGAGACCGUCUGGAAAGUAGAGCUUCUCCCGCUCUCACUAAAGUCAUGCCUACCCUGGUAGGUAUUCCGGCUGAGGCUCAGAGCUCGCUGAAGUCAAGGAGACCCUGGCCAGCUCUCGUGGUUGUGGAGGCUCAUUUCAGCCAGGAAAUUCACUUCUGAGCAAAGUCGGGCUCUUGGUGGAAGGUCACACAUUUAUUUAUUCACUUGUUUAAGGGAGGAAAUGCGGAGGAGUAAGUGUGAACUGCAGAUUGCAUUCGGCAGAAGAAUAGCCCAUUGAGAAAGUGUUCUGCUUCAAUUGAGUUUGUCGGGAAUGUCGAUAAGCAUUGUCCAUCCUUCCAGCUACCGAAAUAAAGCAAUGAUCUUCAGGCGCGCGCCCACUGUUUUUCUCUUUCCUUCCUGUGAAAAAACCAUCCACUUCAGGCCACCGUAGUCAUUGGCUUACUUAUUAGCCACACAGGAACUUGGGAAUGUGUUCCAACGGUCAAUCUCCCACGAAAGCAUGUAAUUUAAUUUAGCAAUAAUUAAUUAACAAUGGGAAUUAAUAAAUAAUUAAUAAUGGAAAGAUUAUUUCAAAA